AAGAUUUGUUGAUCAUCUUUAUGGAUAGUGACUUAAAUGCAACAUUUAUUACACUUGGUGGGUAUGUAGAAGUGCACAAAUACAGAUAUCUUUAUUUUGUGAUUAUGUUAACAGUGUAUAUUCUAAUAAUCUGCUGUAAUUCUACUAUUGUGUGUCUGAUUUGCAUUCACAAAAACCUCAAUGAGCCCAUGUACAUUUUCAUUGCAGCUUUGCUAAUGAAUUCUGUCCUUUACAGCACAACUAUCUACCCAAAACUUUUGAUUGACUUUUUAUCUGAGAAACAGAUCAUAUCUUAUUCAGCCUGCCUCUUCCAGUGUUUCCUGUAUUACUCCUUAAACGGUUCAGAGUUCUUACUGUUGGCAGCCAUGUCUUAUGACAGAUAUGUGUCCAUAUGUAAACCUCUGCAGUAUCCAGCUAUCAUGAGGAAAACAACAGUCAGUAUUUUCCUCAUUCUGGCUUGGCUUCUGCCUGCAUGUCAGAUUGCAGUGCCAGUAGCACUUAGUGCAGAUACCAAACUCUGUAACUUUGCUUUAAAAGGAAUCUUUUGCAACAAUUCAGCUUACAAACUUCACUGUGUGAUGUCAAAAACACUUUCUGUAUAUGGUGUGUUUGUUUUGUUAAAUGUUACACUUCUCCCUGUGCUUUUCAUACUUUUUACAUAUACAAAGAUAUUCAUAAUAACUUUCCACAGUUGUGGAGAGGUCAGGAUAAAAGCAGCACAGACCUGUUUGCCACACCUGCUGAUUUUGAUUAACUUUUCUUGUUUGGUUGCAUAUGAUGUCAUUAUAGUUAAACUUGAAUCAGAUUUUCCAAAAACUCUGCGUUUUGCUAUGACCUUACAAGUCAUCCUGUAUCAUCCACUCUUUAAUCCAAUUAUAUACGGACUCAAAAUGAAGGAAAUUUCUAAACACCUCAAGAGAUUGUUUUGUCAAGACAAAGUGAACUAAUGUUAUCAACCAAGGUAACUCAUGUACAGCCAUGUCUUCUGUAAAAAUAAUGUAGAGCUGACACUUCUGUGAUUCUUGGCAGGUACUUAAUCUUAAAAAAUGGAUUAUUUGUCAAUAAAUGGUAUGAUCAGCUUCAACAGCGUAAUGACUAUUCAUUUUGCCGCAAAGAAUCAAAACCCCAACACAAAAGUUUGAUUCUUUUUGAAGUUAUGAAGUUUUGCUUAAAAAUGUUUGAAUUUAAUUAUGGACAAAUAGGAGUGUAUUAGCCAUAAUGUUAUUUCUAUUACUGUCACUCUGUCAUGUAUUGAGGA